AUGUCAAAAUUAUCUGUUAUUAUAGUCAUGCUCGCACUCGUUUGCGGUGCUUUUGGUGUUAUUAAUUUUGUUACUGAUGGAUGGAUUCAAAUCAUUUUAUCAAAUGAAAAGUAUGCACCUAAUCAAAUGGCGGGACAUUCAGCAGUACUUAAUCCAAUCAACAAUACGAUGAUUGUUUUUGGAGGACAUGAUAACAAGAAUGUGUAUGGCGACCGUGUCUACAAGUAUGAUUUGGUAGCUGACAGUUGGUUUGGACCAAAUGACACAUCGACACGUGACACCAACUCAUCGGUGCCAUCGGCUAGAUGGGGUCACGUUGCCAUCACCACACCCUACAACACCAUGUAUGUCUUUGGUGGCACAGACGGCACCAAGAUCUACAACGACAUUUAUAAAUACAAUAUGGUCUCUGACCGUUGGGAACAGAUCAAAGUCAGCGGUAUACCACCAGCUGCUCGUUUUGGUCAUUCUGGUGUCAUGUACCCCAUCACCAACGAAUUUAUCUUUUUCGGCGGUGCUAUUGGUGCCGACGGACUUGGCAAGACCAAUGAAUUGGUCCGUUUCAACUUUGAGACCAAUACUUGGGCCGUCCCAUCCAAACCUGCUGGAUCGGCUCAAGCUCAACCACCCUUUUUAGUCGGUCAUUCAGCCGUCAUGACACUCACCAACCAAAUGGUUGUAUUUGGUGGUGUCGACUCGACGGGUCGUGCUACCAACGGCACCUUUUUCUACGAUGCUGUUAUGGAUCAGUGGUUGGACGUGCAGAUCAACUAUACAGUCUCUAUCAAGGUGCCAGCCCGCGCCUACCACGCCACUGCCAUCACAGCACUCCAUCAAAUGAUUGUAUUUGGUGGUGUAGAUUCCAGCAACAAGGGUACAUCUGAUAUUUUCAAAUACGAUUUCACAUCACAAUCUUGGUCUCAAAUCUUGGCUGCUGGUGAUGGUCCUCAAACCUCUCUCUAUGGUCUAUCUGCAACCGUCACUCUUUUAAAUACAAUCAUGAUAUUUGGUGGUCAAAGUUCUGAUACUUCUUUUUAUAAUGAUAUUUUUAAAUAUAAUGUAGUAAACUCUGUAUUACGUUCAUCUACAGAUGGAGUUAUUUUGGUAGUAUUACUUUCACUUGUUGGUACUUUGAUUAUUGGUCUUUGCUUUGCACUCGAUCUUCAAAACGAAAGAAAUGAAGUAGAAAAGUACGAAAGAUUGGAAAGAGAGGCUGAACUCAAGGGUCAAAAUGCUGAACUAAGAAAAUUAAAGGCUCUCAAAGAAAAGGAAGCAAGACAACCAUUAUUUGAAAAGUUAUAUUAA